GCUGCCCGCCAGCUGCCGGGCGCUGGAAGAGACCCUCAUGGACACGAAGUGGGUGACUUCCGAGUUGGCGUGGACAUCUCACCCAGAAAGUGGAUGGGAAGAAGUGAGUGGCUAUGACGAGGCCAUGAACCCCAUCCGCACGUACCAGGUGUGUAAUGUGCAAGAGUCCAGCCAGAACAACUGGCUGCGCACGGGGUUCAUCUGGAGGCGGGACGUCCAGCGCGUCUACGUGGAGCUCAAGUUCACCGUGCGUGACUGUAACAGCAUCCCCAACAUCCCUGGCUCCUGCAAGGAGACCUUCAACCUCUUCUACUACGAGGCCGACAGUGACGUGGCCUCCGCCUCCAGCCCCUUCUGGAUGGAGAACCCCUAUGUGAAGGUGGACACCAUCGCCCCUGAUGAGAGCUUCUCACAGCUUGACACUGGCCGCGUGAACACCAAGGUGCGCAGCUUCGGGCCGCUCUCCAAGGCCGGCUUCUACCUGGCCUUCCAGGACCAGGGCGCCUGCAUGUCUCUCAUCUCCGUGCGGGCCUUCUACAAGAAAUGCGCGUCCACCAUUGCGGGCUUUGCCCUCUUCCCCGAGACCCUCACUGGGGCUGAGCCCACGUCUCUCGUCAUUGCCCCCGGCACCUGCGUCCCCAAUGCUGUGGAAGUGUCGGUGCCCCUCAAGCUCUACUGCAACGGCGAUGGGGAGUGGAUGGUGCCCGUCGGCGCCUGCACCUGUGCCACCGGCCACGAGCCAGCCGCCAAGGAGACCCAGUGCCGCCCCUGUCCACCUGGGAGCUAUAAGGCGAAGCAGGGGGAGGGGCCCUGCCUCCCCUGUCCCCCCAACAGCCGCACCACCUCACCAGCUGCCAGCAUCUGUCCCUGCCACAGCAACUUCUACCGCGCGGACUCGGACCCUGCAGACAGCGCCUGCACCACGGUGCCCUCUCCCCCCCGGGGGGUGAUCUCCAAUGUGAACGAGACCUCGCUGAUCCUCGAGUGGAGUGAGCCUCGGGACCUGGGGGGCCGAGACGACCUCCUGUACAACGUCAUCUGCAAGAAGUGCCGGGGGGGCGGGGGUCCCCCAGCCUGCUCGCGCUGUGACGACAACGUGGAGUUUGUGCCUCGGCAGCUGGGCCUGACCGAGCGCCACGUCCACAUCAGCCACCUGCUGGCCCACACGCGCUACACCUUCGAGGUGCAGGCCGUCAACGGCGUCUCGGGCAAGAGUCCCCUGCCCCCUCGCUAUGCAGCUGUGAACAUCACCACCAACCAGGCUGCGCCAUCCGAAGUGCCAACACUGCACCUGCACAGCAGUUCGGGCAGUAGCCUCACCCUGUCCUGGGCGCCCCCCGAGCGGCCCAAUGGAGUCAUCCUGGACUACGAGAUGAAGUACUUUGAGAAGAGUGAGGGCAUCGCCUCCACAGUGACCAGCCAGAAGAACUCCGUGCAGCUGGACGGGCUGCGGCCUGACGCCCGCUACGUGGUCCAGGUCCGGGCCCGCACGGUGGCCGGCUAUGGGCAGUAUAGCCACCCGGCAGAGUUUGAGACGACCAGUGAGCGAGGCUCAGGGGCCCAGCAGCUCCAGGAACAGCUCCCUCUCAUCGUGGGCUCGGCCACGGCUGGGCUUGUCUUCCUGGUGGCCGUCACCAUCAUUGCCAUCGUCUGCCUCAGGAAACAGCGGCGCAGCUCUGAUUCGGAGUACACAGAGAAGCUGCAGCAAUACAUCGUUCCUGGAAUGAAGGUUUACAUCGACCCUUUCACCUACGAGGACCCUAAUGAGGCCGUGCGGGAGUUUGCCAAGGAGAUCGACGUGUCAUGUGUCAAGAUUGAGGAAGUGAUCGGAGCUGGGGAGUUUGGGGAGGUGUGCCGGGGCCGGCUGAAGCAGCCGGGCCGCCGGGAGCUGUUCGUGGCCAUCAAGACGCUGAAGGUGGGCUACACCGAGAGGCAGCGGCGGGACUUCCUGAGCGAGGCCUCCAUCAUGGGUCAGUUUGACCACCCCAACAUCAUCCGGCUGGAGGGCGUGGUCACCAAAAGCCGGCCUGUGAUGAUCGUCACUGAGUUCAUGGAGAAUUGCGCGCUGGACUCCUUCCUCCGGCUCAACGACGGGCAGUUCACGGUCAUCCAGCUGGUGGGCAUGUUGAGAGGCAUUGCUGCCGGCAUGAAGUACUUGGCAGAGAUGAACUACGUGCACCGGGACCUGGCUGCCAGAAACAUCCUUGUCAACAGCAACCUGGUGUGCAAAGUCUCUGACUUCGGCCUCUCCCGCUUCCUAGAGGAUGACCCCUCCGAUCCCACCUACACCAGCUCCCUGGGCGGGAAGAUCCCCAUUCGCUGGACUGCCCCAGAAGCCAUAGCCUACCGGAAGUUCACCUCUGCUAGUGACGUCUGGAGCUAUGGGAUCGUCAUGUGGGAAGUCAUGAGCUACGGAGAGCGGCCCUACUGGGACAUGACCAACCAGGAUGUCAUCAAUGCUGUGGAACAGGACUACCGGCUGCCCCCGCCCAUGGACUGCCCCACAGCGCUGCACCAGCUCAUGCUGGACUGCUGGGUGCGGGACCGAAACCUCAGGCCCAAGUUCUCCCAGAUUGUCAACACCCUGGACAAGCUCAUCCGCAAUGCUGCCAGCCUCAAGAUCAUCGCCACUGCUCAGUCUGGCCUGUCCCAGCCCCUUCUGGACCGAACGGUCCCGGAUUACACCACCUUCACAACGGUCGGAGACUGGCUGGAUGCCAUCAAGAUGGGACGGUACAAAGACAGCUUCAUCGGUGCGGGGUUCACAUCCUUUGACCUGGUAACCCGGAUGACGGCAGAGGACCUGCUCCGGAUCGGCGUCACCCUGGCAGGGCACCAGAAGAAGAUCCUCAGCAGUAUCCAGGACAUGCGGCUGCAGAUGAACCAGACACUGCCCGUGCAGGUCUGACACGAUGCCCCGUGGGCGACUCCGAGGACCGAGCGCAUGCGGCCCACAGAGGCUCCGAGCAGCCGGUUGCACCCUCGGACAGACAUCUGGAUGCCUGCCUGCCUUUGGGCUGUGGCCGGAAGAUGGAAGUUUGGGGAGAGCCCCAACUGGGGCUUCUUCAGGCGGUGCUCCCUCCCCAGGAAGUGGGCCCCAAACCUCUUCAUAUUGAAGAUGGGUUAGGAGAGGGAGUGUGACCCCUCCCCAGGCCUUCCUGCUCUCCUGGAGGGAUCCCCACCACCUCAGACUUGGCUGUGCUUCCUUGAGUGGGGGGUAAGCCAGGGGUCCAUCGGGCCCAGCCCUGGCAGGGGUCUGCUCCCCCCAGGUAGGCAGAAAGCAGUCCCUCCCUCAGGAGCUGGAGGAGGGGACUCCAGGAAUGGGGAAAUGUGACACCCCUACCCCAAAGCCAACUGGCACCUCCAGUUUUCACAGGGACUGUUCUGGGGCCCAGGGCCUUGCCCCCACCCCUGUCCUUGGUGCUGUCAAAAAAGGGCAGGCAGGGGAGGGCUACCAAGCAGCCCUGCACCCCUCAGAGACUCUCAGAGCCAGAGGUCAGAUGCGUGAGCGUGAGUGUGUGUGUGUGCGUGUGCAGGAGUGCACGCCCAGGCUGCACAGAGUGUAUGGGUGAGCGUGUAAAAGCUUGGCCCAUGUGCUGCAGUGGGGCAGCUGGGCCGUCGGCGGAAUAAAGGCAAUAAGAUGA